AUGGAGAAUGCUGCAGAACCUCCUUCACCCCCGCCACCAACCGAGGCCGAAUCACUUCCGACCGUGGAGAGCUCGGAUGUGUCCAGCUCCGAAGAACAUGGCCCCUCCACGAGAGACGUUGCCCCUCAUACCAUCGUUCGCUUGAUUCAGUGCCACCACUGCUCGAAACCUUUGCGCAACCCAUGCCGACUUCCAUGCGGUAAUACUGUAUGUCGGGAAUGUCUGCCGCCUGUCCGGCCGCGGACGGGGAUCACCUAUCCAGUGGCUGAGGGUAGGGAAGAGGGAUUUACAUGCUACUGGGAGGGUCAAAAUUUCUGCGUGGGUGAUCAUUGUGUGGGAGACUGCGGAACAGAUGUCGUACUUUGCUUUGUGACUGGAAUGUUUCAAGAAGAAUUGAUGGGGUCAAUGCAGGAUGCCGAGCUGCCGAGCGCGCCUGAUGCGGAUAGUCGGGUUGUCUGUUGGAAGAAAGGUCCCAAAGACCCAGAGACUGAUUCAGAACGACAAAGCCUUCAGCUAGGCCAGUAUUCCUGGCUUCAUGGUGUGUACCAUGCUGCUUGUGAAGGCAGCUUUCCAUGGGAUGCCUCCGAUGUCUUCUAUAAAGAAGCCGAUGCCCCUGGUGGAGCUCCGCUUCCCCAACAUUUCACGCAAGAAGACCGUAGCAGCUUCCAAAAACUCAGGGACCGAGUUCGCUGCGAGCUGGAUUGUCAAGUUUGCUACGCUCUCAUAUUGGAUCCUUUGACCCUGCCAUGUGGCCACACCUUUUGUCGGACAUGUAUUGCUCGAGUGCUGGAUCACUCAGAUCUUUGUCCGAUCUGUCGCCGCAAACUCGGAAUGCCAACAUCCAUGCAGGCGGAGCCUACGAACUGGACACUAUCGAGGCUUAUCGAUCUGCUUUUUGCAGAUCAGGUCGCAAUUCGGAGAGAAGCCGUGGCGCAGGAUGAAUUAGGUGUGGACCUUGAAAAAAAACUACCACUGUUUGUUUGCACACUAUCAUUUCCCACGAUGCCCACGUUUUUGCACAUAUUUGAGCCCCGGUAUAGACUCAUGAUUCGGCGAGUCGUCGACAGUGGGGAUGGGAAGUUUGGUAUGGUCAUGUAUAACCGUCGAGGCCGGCCACAGGCAGAUGAAAUUGGCAGCGUCCCGUUCAUGCACUAUGGAACGUUGCUGAUGGUUGAGCGAUAUGAGCUGCUACCGGAUGGGCGCAGUCUUGUCAUCGCCACCGGAGUAUCACGAUUCAAAGUUCUCGAAGCAGGCAUGCUCGAUGGAUACCAUGUUGCCAGGACAGAACGCGUGGAUGAUAUUUCAUUGGCGGAGGAAGAAAGACUUGAGGCAAUGGAGACAGCAGCCCAUGCGAUUCCAGAUCCAUCACCAGAGGAAAGCACGGUUGAAUCCUCAUUGGACUCAAUGUCAACACAGGACUUGAUGCUAUUGGCGCGGGAAUUUAUUCGCAAACAGCGCCAAACAGGUGCCCCAUGGCUUCACCCGCGCGUAAUGCUAGCCUAUGGACCUGUUCCCACAGAUGCAGCUCGGUUCCCGUGGUGGUUCUCUAGUAUUCUUCCCAUCGCCGAAGAAGAAAAAUACCCCAUCUUGUCCGCGACAAGUGUUCGAGAGCGAUUAAAAAUCUGUGCGCGAUGGGCAAGGGAGCUGGAGGCCCUAUCAUUCGGGGGCUCGGCGCCUUUCCAAGAAACUAUGCGACAGUUGAACGACCGCGAAGACUCACCAAUUACCAGUACGGAGGCCUCCUCUGAGACAUACUAUAUUCCACAGACCCUCGUUGUGGGUGCUUUCCUGGCCAUCUUCUUUGCUCAGGUGGGUGCCAAUUUUCUACAGGUCCUACGAACGGGAAGACGUCAUAGAAGACAAGCAAUGGAAUUGCAGUUUCCACAACCGAUUCCUCCACAACCACGACCUCCAGAUUUGGAAGACGAAAGGAACAAUUGA